AUGUUGACGCGCAGCGGAACGAGUAACAGCGUUUCAACGGUCGCCGCACGGAAUAGAGGCGCAGACGGGGGCUCAGGCGGAGCCUCAGGAGGAGUUUUUGGCGGAGGCUCAGGGGGAGGCUAUGGCGGAGGCUCGGGCGGAGUCUCAGGGGGAGGUUAUCAUGGCGGAGGCCCAGGAGGAGGCUAUGGCGGAGGCUCAGGAAAUGGCUUUGGCGGAGGCUCAGGGGGAGUAUCAGGGGGAGGCUAUGGCGGAGGCUCAGGGGGAGACUUUGGCGGAGGCUCAGGGGGAGGCUUUGGCGGAGGCUCAGGGGGAGCAUCAGGGGGAGGCUAUGGCGGAGGCUCAGGGGGAGGCUUUGGCGGAGGCUUAGGGGGGGGCUUUGGCGGAGGCUCAGGGGGAGUAUCAGGGGGUGGCUAUGGCGGAGGCUCAGGGGGAGGCUUUGGAGGAGGCUUAGGGGGAGGCUUUGGAGGAGGCUCAGGGGGAGUAUCAGGGGGAAGCUAUGGCGGAGGCUCAGGGGGAGGCUUUGGGGGAGGCUCAGAGGGAGGCUUUGGCGGAGGCGGAGGCUUAAUAGGGGGAGACCCAAGCGGAAGCUUGGGCGGGGGACCAGGCGGAAGGUCAGGCGGAGUGUUUGGCGGAGGCCUACUAAGCGCAAGCGCUGGCGCAGGCGGGCUCUCUGGCGACCCGACUCGGAUCAACGAGCCCUUUGCGUUUGAGCCGGAUGAACCAGCUGGUAGUGUGCUGUUGCCCUUUGCGCCGACUCAAACGCCGACUAGUGGGCUGCUGGGAUCGACGCCAUGGUAUUCCGGUGUUGGCGCCGGCGGCGGCGGCGGCGCCACCGGUGGUAGUUUUAGCAGCAGCGGCAGACACAGCGACGUUCCCCCGGAGCAGUUCCUCCGAUGGACCAACGAGGAGGACAGGGUGUUGCUGCGCCACGUCACGCGCUACGGAACGCGCAACUGGGGGCUGCUGCAGCGAAGCCGCUCGCUGCCUCUGCGCGACAACAAGGCAUGCUGCAACCGCUUCAUUCUUCUCAAAAAGUGA